UCUCUUUCAUUUCACAUCACUAGCACUCAUUGAGAGUGAGAGAGAGAGAGAGGGAGUUCUAUGGCGUUGUUUCUAAAUUUCAUCUUCCCGGCUUCGGCGUCGUUGUUCUUGACGGCGAUGACGGUGAUCGGAGUCACGACAUCGGCGUUGGGUGGGAUCUCCGAGGCCACCGGGAAGAAUAUCCAGUACUCCAAGUUUUUGAACGCCGGCGCCAGCGAUAUCAGUAAAGAAACCAAGAUCUCCAGCAAGGCCGGCAUGUUGUUGGUUUACUCGCCGUCUCUCGCCGCCGCGCUUGCAUCCUUUGCCGUCCCCGGCUUCGCCGUCGCCGGCCGAUGCCUUCUCGUUGGCAUCGUCCUGAGCCUUCACUUCUUCAAAAGAGUCUUUGAGGUUUUAUUUAUUCAUCAGUACAGCGGACAAAUGAUACUUAAGUCUGCCAUUACUAUAUCCAUGGCUUACUGUAUCAACACUGUCACCUUAUUAUAUGCACAGUAUUUGACUCAAGACACACCAGAGCCUUCAUUUGAUCUGAAAAAUGCAGGCAUUCUUCUCUUUUUAAUUGGUAUCACUGGCAAUUUUUACCAUCAUUAUCUACUCUCAAAGCUUAGGAAAAAGAAAGAGAAGGGAUACAAAAUACCAAGUGGAGGUCUUUUUUCUUUGGUGAUUUGCCCACAUUAUCUCUUUGAAAUCAUUGGUUUCCUUGGACUUGCUCUCAUUUCUCAGACUUUGUUUUCUUUCUCUUGGUUUUUGGGUACCUUGUUUUAUCUGAUGGGAAGGAGCCAUGCUACUAGGAAAUGGUAUCUUUCUAAGUUUGAGAAUUAUUCUGGAGAUGUCAAGGCUUUGAUACCUUUUGUUUUUUAGUGGAGAGAUUUACUUAAUCAUGGGGUGAAAUUUUAAUAAUGUGCACUUGUACUUUGAUUUGUAUUCUGGGAAUUUGAUGUAAUUUAAAUGGUUAAAUAUGGAUUAAAAAUAUUUGGAGUUAAAAUGA